GUUAGCUGAAGCCUUAAGGCUUAGAAAGGAUUCUGAAAAUAACCUUGGGAAUAUGUCUAAUCGUAUAGAGCAGAAUUGUUUGGUACAAGAAGGUGGUAAACCAGCUGAAGAUCCUAAUGAGUUAGUUGAGAUUUAUCUUAAGAGAUCAAGAGACUUGAAGGAGUUGAUUACGAGAAUUAACCUUACCAAUUCUUCAGUGAAGUUUGUUUUUGGUACCCAACUGGAACCUCGAACUUUAUGUGAAGCAUUGGCUGAAAGAGAUGAAUUGUCACGUGCGGUUGAUAUUCAUUUAGACGUUGCUAGAGAAGGUGUUAUAAGAGGGAAACAUUACUCGAGUCUGGAAAUCAGAUCAGAAUCAGUGGUGAAUGUUUCAAAAUAUCAAAAAAUUGCAGAUAAGUUAUCUGCUCAACUAAGGCAGCUAGAUACUAAAAUCCAAGAACAAAAUUGGACUGUGGAAUUAAUAUAACACCAAGUAUGACUCAUUUCAAUAUGCUGGCCAUGUUAUCGAGUCUUCCACGUUGCUAUGUAUUAUAAGUAUUUGUUAAGUUGAAUCGGUAUCAUUUUUCAAGAAGGCGAAUAGAAUCAAUUAAAUCCUAAAUUUUACGCCUUGUCAUUUUUAUCAUUUAUUUUAUUUUUUACACCAGUAUGUUAAACGCCUAUAUAAUCAUUUAUUACCAUCUAUUGAUUCUUGGAAAAUGAGAGGGAGGGUUUUGGG